AUGUGUGUCUCUUCCUUCUCUCUGCGGGCAUGUGGGAGUGUCUAUCGCGAAGGAAGUGGUGAUGCGCCGCGUUGUGUGGGUGUUGGCAGCUGGGCUGUGCUGCACGUCCUUGUGCGUGACGGCUGCGCCGCAGGGGCCUCCGGUGAGGAUGUUGUGAGGGCGGUGCGCUGCCAGGCCGUCGCUUUGCUGCCGCUGCUAUUUCUGGCGGUGGUGUUGAUACAAGUGCCACGGAGCAUGAGGGAGGCUUCAAGGCAUCUGGCGUUGAUGUCAGGAAUCCAAGCAGCGACUCUCUUCUGUCGAAUGAAGUCGCUGCAGGAGAAAGCGAAAGUACCAAUGUGUACCCCCGAGGGGAUGACAGUAAUGAAGAUGAAACGGGUAGAGAUAGUGACCCUGGAGCCACAGCUGCUGCGAGGGCCUACCGAAGACAAACGCUGA